AUGAUGGACAGUGCGUAUUUUGUUGGGAGGAAUGAGAUUCUUUCUUGGAUCAAUGCCAGACUUCAGCUCAAUCUCUCUCGCGUUGAGGAGGCCGCAUCUGGGGCUGUGCAAUGUCAGAUGAUGGACAUGACCCAUCCAGGAAUUGUUCCAAUGCAGAAGGUGAAUUUUGAUGCAAAGACCGAAUACGAUAUGAUCCAAAAUUACAAAGUUCUGCAGGAAGUCUUUAACAAACUCAAAAUUGACAAGCCUUCAGUUGAAGCUCCAAUGCCAUGGUUGAUGAUAGGGUCCAUUCCCCUGGCUUUAGUGCCACCAUUAUUGUUUACACCUGCAACACGACUGAUGAAAACUUUAAAAGAUAACAACUUGGUAUUUGCCAAAGCAAUCUUAGUGAGUGGCCAGUUUGAUGACCACUGCAUGUUAUGCUUCUACAACUAUGAUCUCAUUAGAGGUAUUGUCUAUUACAUUAUGAAGUCCCCACGUAGUGUUAUAAAAAGCGCGAUAGGUGAUCGCCCAGGCGAGAAGCAAGCCCAGGUCACCUGGAGUGUCCCGACAAAGCAAAUAUUAAGCGUCCAAGGCGAGCGCUUCUCUCUUGAGCCAGAAGCAGAACGCUUUAGUGAAGAGGAACAACGUGAGGGCUGGAUUCACCCAGUUGUCUUCUUCUACUUCGUGAUCUUCUAUGACAAACGAUUUACUGCUGCUUCCAAAAAAAUGCUGAAGCCUGUCUCUUGUCAUAGCCUGCGUAUUAGUAUUUUACCUUCCUCUUAUCCAAAUGUGUCAUUUGACUUUAGGAAAAUUACUCCUGUUUAUGGCAGUGUUGAUCUUGUGCUUCUCUUCUUGUGGCUGCAAAUGCUUAGUUUGAAUGCUAUGCAUAUUGAAGUCAACAAACUUGUAAAGGGUCGACCUUUAGACAACUUGGAGUUUUUGCAAUGGCUGAAACGCUAUUGUGAUUUUGUUUUUGAGUCUUCCAGGAAUUAUAAUCCCGUGGACCGUAGAGGUAAGGGCAAUAAGGAACGAAAUCCCAAGGGUUCUCUUAAGACCUCAAAGUCACUGCGAGCAAACAACUGUUAUAACCCUGGCUUGGGUGAUGCACAUGGCUGGUUGGUAUCUAUUGCUGCAGGGACCAAACAAGGCAAAGCAGACACUGUAGGUGUGGGGGCUGAUUCAUCAGAGGAAAUUCAAGCUUUGUCCACAGAGAUUGCAGAUCUCAAGCUUUCUGUCAACCUUUUGGAAAAAGAAAGAGAUUUCUAUUUUUCGAAAUUACGGGAUGUUGAAAUACUUUGCCAGGCUCCUGAAUUGGAGCAUCUGCCAGUAAGAGUUCUUAUUGCUUUUGACUUUACUUCCAUAGUUUCUACAGCUCGGUUGGGUCAAGGGUUCAUUUCUGUUGUCACUGUCAUCAAUCAAAGAGCAUUAUCCAAAGAAAACCCAAUAUCUCUACAUUUCAAGCCUCGUCGUUCCUCCCUUGGUUAUAUGGAAAAGUCCUCUCAGACAGCUGUGGCAAUUAAGAAGAUAUUAUACGCUGCAGAUGAAAAGGAGUCGGCACUUGCAGAAGCUCAAGAAAUCAUAAGUCAGUUGAUGAAUGUUGAUCAAACUGAUGUGGAUACCGAGUCUAACUGA